CUUGUCCCCCGUGGGCAGCCUCGGCGUGUGCAGCCACGGAUCCCCAGUUCUGAGAGACUUCUCCCAGCCGCCAUCUUCUGGGACAACCAGUUCUGACCAUGAAGACCAAAAACAGACCCCCCCGGCGCCGGACGCUGCUGCAGAACACCGAGGCCACUGCAGAGGAGCAGACCUCCGACAGACCACAGCCUGGCUGCGGGGCAGAGCUGGCCAAGGGUCUGCGGAGCAGGACGUCCAGGGCGGCAGGGACACGGGCUGAGGGUGGGCGCCGGCGACAGGGGCCAGGCAGCCGGCGAGAGAACAGCAUCCAGCGGCGGUUGGAGAGCAAUGAGCGGGAGAGGCAACGGAUGCACAAGCUCAACAAUGCCUUCCAGGCCCUUCGCGAGGUCAUCCCGCAUGUGCGUGCUGACAAGAAGCUCUCCAAGAUCGAGACACUCACGCUGGCCAAGAACUACAUCAAGUCACUGACCUCCACCAUCCUGACCAUGUCCAGCAACUGCCUCCCAGGCCUGGAGGGAGCAGAGCCCGCACUGGGGCCCAAGCUUUACCAGCACUACCAGCAGCAGCAGCAGCAGCAGCAGCAGCAGCAGCAGCAGCAGCAUGUGGCUGGGGGCCCACUGGGGACCACAGAAGCCCAGCCCCAGGGCCAUCUGCAGCGGUACUCCACACAGAUCCACAGCUUCCGAGAGGGCAGCUAGCACCCAGACUGGGACGGGGUGGCAGUGAUGGCCCAGCCUGCUCCUCCUAGCCCUGGUCCCUCCAAGCCUCAAGCCCCAAACCUGUGAUGAUGUCAGCUCUAAAAGGUUGUGGUCCCCCACAGCUCUUCUGAAACUCAGCUCAGCCACUUCCCUGGAGCAGUUUUUUAACCCCCCAGGGGACAAGCAAUUUCUCUGGUUGUUUCUGGGCCAUAACCCUGAGCAUCAUAAGGCCCAAAGACCCAGGAAGGUUCCAGGCCCUGCUAGUUUUGCAUUGAGCUGGUGGCCUCAGUGAGUAGAAAAGGCCCUUUUGCCUUCUUUAAAACUAAAUUCUCUUCCAUGCAUGUCUCCCCCAUGAGGAAGGUUCCAGAAGAUGGUUGACUUACAGGUUUCCCUGAGAUUAUUAGGCAAAGGAAGGGGGCUUUCUCUAUGCUUCAUCAGAGGCCUAGGUGGGCCUGGGGCUCAGCCCUUUCAUUUGGGUAAGCUGAAGUCUGGGGCUAACAGAUCAGAACACAAGGCCUUUCUAGAAAUAUGGCAGAACAAAAAUGGAGGCUUGUUGAACAGUCAGAAAGCCUAACCAGAGAACUCUACAUUUGUUCUAAAGGGACCUGGGUCAGGCUUCUUCCCUAGACCCUACUGGGGGGCUUCUGGAGAGGAGGUGGUGCUCUGGGCUAUGAUGGGGGGGUGGUCUUUAUGGGGCCUCAGUGCUGGGUAGGAGCUCUCCUGACCCUCUGUGCAGGGAGAGGGUUUGGGGCUUCCUUCACGGUGGAGUCUGGGGUGGCAGAAACUGCCCUCCCCCACCCGACGCUGCUACUGAGGGCAGGGAUUGGGUGGCUUGGCAGCCCAGCUGCCCCAGGCGCAGCUUCCUUCUGUCUGGGCGUUCCUGCCCCACUGGCUCUGCCGGGCUGAGCCACUUUGCUGUCAACCCUGCUGGCAUCUCCUCUCCUUUGUCCUGCUGCACGGAGCUAUCCCAGAGAUCCUUGAGGACCUGGGCAGGGGAACUUAGUUAGACCAGGAGCUUGGCUCCCACUGCCCAAGGCUGAGGCUUUUGCUGGCCUAUCUCCAAUACGUGGCCUUGCCCUCCCCAAGCUUGGGCAGUGUAGCACUACCUGUGGGCUUGGGGUCAGCCAUGGCCACAUGAAGGUUAACAGGUGGCACCUGAAGGAAUUUCCACUAUGGUCCUAACUCCCAGCCGGGUGCCCUGGAAGGAAGCCCUGGGCGCACCAAUCUCCCUGUCUCAAUGAGGCCAUCUUGUGUCCUUCCCUGUAGUCCUGGGAGCCUGGCCUGAUUCCACGGCUCCAACUGUCCAUCAUGGGUCAGGUAGGGUCCCUUGGGGGUGGCCUCUGGGGAAAGCUCAUUGGCAGGGGCUCCACUAGUGUGAGCUAAAGUUGGACACAACAGCAAGCUUGAGGCUGACCCAGCUCAGACUUCUCCUGCUAUAGGGAUCUCCACUCAGAGGUCCUCUGAGAUGAGUGAGGCCUCCACUGGCCCCUGGAAGCUGAGCUCAGCUUGGCCCUGGCCUUGCCGGACACUGAUGACAUGAGCCCACAGCAUAGACUGCAGGGUGCUGCCCCCAACACCCUCCUGAGAACUGGACACAUCCCAGGGUGGCCCAGGGUCACCGUUUUGCUGGACCACAGCCUCACGUCUUGCCAAGCUGGCGCCUGCAGCCUUCUUCUCUGAGGAUGAGCUGGGCCCAGGUAGCCAGUCCUUCCUCACAGGUGGCCAGAGAGGAUCUGUGCCCUUGGCCACAUUGCAAGGAUCUUCAAAUGCCUCAGUCCCUCUUCUGGGUGUCAAAUAUUGGAGGACAGAAAGAUUGCUGACCAGUCAGCAUGGACUCUGGAUUGGUCUCCCUCGAGCCUUGUCCUGGACCCCCAGCCCAGACUGGCUGCUUCCAUGCUGCAGGAGGUCCUGUUGGGCCAUUGGGGCUAAACUUCCUCAACUACCUGGGCAAGCAGGUUGGAGCUGGGCGAGCUAUUGGCCCACCAUCUUCUCCACAAGCGGAAAAACCAGAACUGCGACUUUUCUGUGUAGGAAAAUCAAACUGGAACUGAGCAGUCUGUCCCCUGCUGGUGGUGAAGAUCUCUCUUAACUGACCCCAAUUUGCUUUUUUUUUUUUUUUUUUUCCUAAUCAAACCUUCAAAGUAUGAACUGAUGCCUUGUCGUACAACAAAAAUAAAAGAUUAGA